GCGGGAGGAGCCGGGGCCGGGAGGGAGGAGCCAGAACCGGGCGCAGGCGCCGCUCCGGCAUCCGCUGCUCGGCCGGGCCUGGCGGCUGUCCCCUGGCACUGUGCCCCAUGGAUGGCGUUUUCCUGUCGCCCAGCGAGGAUGAGUUCGUGGGCAGGAUCGUGGAGGAGCUGGAGCACUUCCUGGAGCAGGGCCAGCACCACCGAGUGCUCCUGUUCCCACCCCUGUCCAGCCGCCUCAGGUACCUGAUCCACCGCACUGUGGAGAGCAUGGAACUGCUGAGCAGCUUCUCGGUGGGAGAGGGCUGGAGGAGGAGGACAGUCAUCUGUCACUCGGCUGUCAGGCUUCCCACCGAGACCUCGAGCGAGCAGAGAGCCGGGACCAACCCCGCCCGUGCGCAGCGCCCGCCGCAGCCCUGGGGCCGGGGGGGCCGGGGGGCCCGGCCACGCCAUCCAGGGGGGGACACCUAUGGGGACAGUCCCCGCGCCACCGUGGGCUCAGGCAGGAUCACCAGGCCGCCCCGGAGGAAGCCGGAGAGAGCGCUGUACGUGCCCAGGGGGAGCCGCAAAAAGGAGAACUGGAGGGAGCGGGAGAGCCCCGGGGACGGGGACGCGGCUCCAGGAGGUGAAAACUGCCCCAGGAAUUCCAGCCGGGAGCAGCAGGACCAGGGCAGGGCUGGAGGCAGCCCUGGGAAGCAGCAGGAGCCCGAGGGUGUCCCGGGAAAAGGCGGCGCUGAGCAUCCUCUGUGUGCUGGGAAGGAGCCACCCCCGGGGAAUGGCAGCGAUCCCUGGGAGCAGGGGAGUCGGGGUGGAGACUGUGCCCACUGCCCGGGGUCUGCACACGGCAAACAGCCCCCCGAGGCCGGGCAGGAGGAGCUGAGCCCUGGCAGUGCCAUCGUUCCAGGACAGGAGCCAAACCCUGGCAGUGCCAUCGUUCUGAGCCCUGGCAGUGCCAUCGUUCCAGGGCAGGAGGAGCCGAGCCCUGGCAGUGCCAUCGUUCCAGGACAGGAGCCAAACCCUGGCAGUGCCAUCGUUCUGAGCCCUGGCAGUGCCAUCGUUCCAGGGCAGGAGGAGCCGAGCCCUGGCAGUGCCAUCGUUCCAGGACAGGAGCCAAGCCCUGGCAGUGCCAUCGUUCUGAGCCCUGGCAGUGCCAUCGAUCCAGGGCAGGAGCUGAGCCCUGGCAGUGCCAUCGAUCCAGAGGGCAGCGAGCUCCAGGAGCUGCAGGAGGAGAAGGAAUCCAGCCGGGAUCCUGGAGGGGCAGAGUGUGGGAGGAGCUCUGUGCCAUUGGAACACCACGGGGGCAGCAGGACAGCCCUGCCCGUGACAGCCCCAGGUGUGACAGCCCCAGGUGUGACAGCCCUGCCUAUGACAGCCCCAGGUGUGACAGCCCUGCCUGUGACCGACCCAGGUGUGACCGACCCAGGUGUGACAGCCCUGCCUGUGACAGACCCAGCCAUGACAGACCAACCUGUGCCAGCCCCAGCUGUGCCAGCCCCCCCAGAGCUGCCAUCCCAGCCCCUGCAGAGCAGCCAGAGCCAGGCUCCCCGUGCCCUGCAGGAUUCCCAGGCUGUGCCCACCCAGGGCAGCCCCAGCGCUGGGCAGGUGGAGCAGAAGGUUCUGGAAGGCCCAGCCGAGGCUCUGGCUGCCCCUGAGCUGCUCCUGAGGGGAGAUCCGGGGUGGAUCCAUGGCAGGAAGGAGGAGGAGGAGGACGAGGAAGGCUCAGGAGUGGCCGAGGCGCUGCGGAGGGGACUGGAUGUGGCUGCAGGGGACAGAGAGGGGACGAGGCAGAGCGGCCUCGAGGACGACUGCACGGCAGAGCUGCUGGCAGAGAUCGUUGGGAAUCUGACGGUGAAGGAGAUCAGCGUGGAGAGGAUCAGCGUGGAUUGCUCUGGCUGCGGGGAGCCCCAGCUCAGCCAGGGACACCUGGGCCACGUCACCGAGAUCUACGACUUCCCCCCGACGCUGCGCACCGAGGACCUGCUGGGGAUCUUCUCCGAGUUCCUCGAGGGCGGGUUCCGGAUCCAGUGGGUGGAUGAGACUCACGCCCUGGGCAUCUUCAGCAGCCUCUCCUCAGCCUCGCAGGCCCUGGGCCGCCGCUACCCCUGCCUGAAGAUCCGGCCGCUGCUGCACGCCAGCCGCCAGGCCAAGGUCAAGGCCCUGCAGAGACCCAAGCUGCUGCAGCUGGGCAAGGAGAGGCCGCAGACAGACACGGCCGUGGCCAGGAGACUCGUGUCCCACGCCCUGGGCUGGAGGCAGCGGCAGCAGGAGCCCCCAGGGAGUGAAGAAUUCCAGGCAGAAUCCUUGGAAUGAUCCCAAAAACCCCCCAGGGCUGUGGGAGGAGCGGGGCUGUGCUGGGAAAUGCCUGCAGAGCAGGGGGGCCUGCAGGGACGUUGGGAAUGGGAAUUUGUGAUUUUUUUGGGUUUUUGUGGAGCCCUGGAAGUGCUGGAAUUUCAUCUGGGGCGGCUGCAGGAACGAGGGGGUUUCUUCAUUCCCUAUUCCUGCUCUGUUUUCCAACCAAAACCAGGCAUGGAUAAGGAAAUUGGGAUUUUUGGGACCAGAAUUCCCGAGGCAAGGGCGGGAGUUGAGAGAUCUGUUCCGAGUUUGUUGUGGUGUUGCUGUUCAGAGAUCCCAGGAAACUGACAGGCAGCGAAUCCAAGUUCUGGGGAGUUUUUCCUUAUUUGCAGAGUAUCAAAACCCUGUUGGUGAGGAAAGUUGGGAUCUGCUCAUUAGGGGAAAAAACCUCUGGAAUUUGCCUGUGCUGGGUUCAAAAUGAGCUCCCAGCCCCAUCCCAGGCUCUGCUCCUGCUCCAGUCUGGAAUUCUGAGGAAAAACUGGAAUUUUCCAAUUGCCAGGAGUUCAAACCCUUGGCCAGCCGCCCUCUGGAGCACUGGAGGAACAACAAAUAUUGGAAAUAUUUCUGCAUUUUGGGGAUUUGGGGGAAGUUUGGGAUUCCCUGUGGGAUCAGCUGGAAUUCCAGGUAACUCUGAUGGUAGGAGAGGGGGGAAAACCCCCAAACUUCCAGGAAUGGGGAGGAGAAAAUCCACCAAGCGCUCCUGAAGUGAUUUAUUUUGUUGUUUUCCCAGGGAAAAGGUUUUUAUUGGAGCUCUGUAGCAAAGUGUGUCCUCAGAGAACCGGGAAUUCCCACGGGAGCAGAUCCCUGGGGGUGAGGGGCAGGAAUUCCCUCUGCAAGGGGCACAAGGAUCAUCCAUCCUUGGGAAAAAAGUUGGAAUCUCCAGGCAGGAGAGGAUUCUUGGAUGGGCACGGCAGCUGGAGGGGAGAGGAUCCCUGAGGGAUGGGAAUUCCCAGCCCGGGGCCUCAUCCCUGGGGAUCUGCUGAGUUCUGGGUCACUCCAGGGAGCUUGGGUUCCCUGGGAGAUUCCCUGGGAGAUUCCAGGUGAAAUUCCCUGUGAAAUUGAAAUUCCUUGUGAAAUUCUCUGUGAAAUUCUCUUUGAAAUUGAAAUUCCCUGUGAAAUUCCAUAUGAAAUUCUCUUUGAAAUUGAAAUUCCCUGUGAGGAUUCUAUGUGAAAUUCCUUGUGAAAUUGGAAUUCCCUGUGGAAUUUCAUAUGAAAUUCCCUGUGAAAUUCCAUAUGAAAUUCCCAGUGGAAUUCUCUUUGAAAUUGCAAUUCCAUAUUAAAUUCCCUGUGAAAUUAAAAUUCCCUGUGAGGAUUCCAUAUGAAAUUCCCUGUGAAAUUAAAAUUCCCUGUGAGGAUUCUAUAUGAAAUUCCCUGUGAAAUUGAAAUUCUCUGUGAAAUUCCAUAUGAAAUUGAAAUUCCCUCUGAGGACUCCAUGUGAAAUUCUCUUUGAAAUUGAAAUUCCAUAUUAAAUUCCCUUUGGAAUUCUCUUUGAAAUUGAAAUUCCUUGUGAAAUUCCAUAUGAAAUUCUAUAUGAAAUUGAAAUUCCCUGUGAGGAUUCCAUGUGAAAUUCCCUGUGAAAUUUCAUAUGAAAUUCUCUUUGAAAUUGAAAUUCCAUAUGAAAUUCCCUGUGAAAAUGAAAUUCCCUGUGAGGAUUCUAUAUGAAAUUCCUUGUGAAAUUGAAAUUCCAUGUGAAAUUCUCUUUGAAAUUGAAAUUCCAUAUUCCAUAUGAAAUUCCCUGUGAAAUUGAAAUUCCAUAUUAAAUUCUCUGUGAAAUUCUCUUUGAAAUUGAAAUUCUAUAUGAAAUUCCCUGUGAAAUUGAAAUUCCCUGUGAAAUUCCAUAUGGAAUUCUCUUUGAAAUUGAAAUUCCAUAUGAAAUUCCAUAUUAAAUUCCCUGUGAAAUUGAAAUUCCCUGUGAGGAUUCUAUAUGAAAUUCCCUGUGAAAUUGAAAUUCCAUAUUAAAUUCUCGGUGAAAUUCCAUAUGAAAUUGAAAUUCCCUCUGAGGAUUCCAUGUGAAAUUCUCUUUGAAAUUGAAAUUCCAUAUUAAAUUCCCUUUGGAAUUCUCUUUGAAAUUGAAAUUCCUUGUGAAAUUCCAUAUGAAAUUCUAUAUGAAAUUGAAAUUCCCUGUGAGGAUUCCAUGUGAAAUUCCCUGUGAAAUUGAAAUUCCCUGUGGGAUUCCCUGUGGGAUUCCCCGUUCCGCGCUCGCUCCCCUCCGGGCCGUGGCCGCCGCUGGAUCCGAGGUUUCACUGCAGGAUUAAAUUCAGCUUUUGGCUGUUCUGCUCACAAA